AUGGCGGAAAACCCAGAUCCCUUCGAAGAUGAGCGCGCCAGCCGCAUGAAGGCACUCCAAAUGGUAGGUUAUUUCAUUGUGACCUCCAUCUGGGGAUUGGGUAGUAUAUGGCUGAUAUGGGACUUCCUCAAAAUAAAGGCCGACUUAGGCACUGCACGGCGUGAACAUAUAUCCACUGUUGAUCGUCCGAACAAGCUCCAUCGAAUAGAUAUCCAGCAAAUCGAGGCCACUCGAGACUCAAACAAAGAGGGUACAGCGGCUUACAUGAUUGCUGAGGCUAAUAGGGAGAAGUUGAAUAGCUGGGCUACUUUUCAUGAAACCCUCGAGGAGAACCAUGAUGCCGAAAACUUAGACCCGUUGUUAGAUGGACAAACUCAUCGAAUGGGUUUAGAAGCCCGGGUGAAAGAAGGUGCGCUCGGGGCCGCAGGCAACGCGAACAGAGGCAGAAUGCCUACCCGCGGCGGUCUGAGUAGUGGUCGGGGAGGAGGUGCCAUAGGAGGCCACGCACGCAGAGUGGCAGAUCGGUCAACGGUGAUCUCUACUCCCCCGACAGGGCCAAUGGGUAGAGGUGGUAUCACGAAACAUGAUCCGCGUCGAUUGACUCCUCCAAACUUCCGUCCAGCAACUAAGGCUUCCAUUGCGCCCCUUCCAAAGAAGUUAUCGGACCCAUCUAAAGAUUGCAAUAACCCCUCUGAUUCUCAUGGAAGAUCAGAGAGAAAGAGAUACAAUGCGUCAAAAAAUCUGCCCCCAGUUACAAAGGCGAGGCGCCCUGUCUUUGCUGCUCCCCCGAAUGUCAAUUUCGAGUCAUUGCUAGCUGAUGGAGAUGAUUUCAUGGCUGCUAUUCCUGGAGCACAGACUCCUACUGCCGUCAAGCCAGCACAGCCACCAGUUUUUCCUAAGGAGGCUCCUGUCAUGAGUGGAAAUAUGUCAGCUGCACCAUCUGCCCCCCAGGUCCGUUCAAUUCUUCCUGUCAAACCAGCCCCAGUGGUCAAGGAAGUUCCUACGCAGCCAGCUAUGCCAAUUGCAAAGCCAAUUGCACCAGCACCAUCAAAACCGGCGGCAGCGCCUAAGCCGGUUACGACCCUAAGAAUAGAUGUAUUUACAAAUCCUUCCGAGAAUUGUGAUAGCCAGGGAGCUGACGCUGUGGCACUAAAGACAGACCAUGGGUUUGGUUCCUACCUUCCCCAGCCUCAGCGAAUGAUGCAUUCAGAAGAUCACGAUGAUGACGAUCUUCUCCUGUACAUUUCCUCCGAGGAGCCGGUCGCUGCGUUCCCUGAGAAGAAAGAUAAAGUCCAAGCCAGGCAAGAGGAUACUGGAGCCAGCCUCCUUGACACAAGUAAUGAGCCAGAAGGACCCAGACGCACAGCAGCCCAACAAACCCGAUUUGAACUUAACGAAAUGAAACCAGAAGAAGAGUUAAGUGCUGUCGAACAAGAGCUACUAAGGAUAACCAAGCUCCUUUCCAAUCAGUCAGUGCUAGACCCAGACGUGGUAAUAUACCUUCAGGAGCGAAAAGACCACCUUGAAAAAGAGUUAUCAGUCAAGCAGAUCCCGGCAGUUGAAAAGGAGCCAGCAGAUGGGAAUACAAAGGCAACUGGCCAACAUACCAUGCCAGACGUUCCACAACACACUCAGCUAUAUCCAACCCCCUCUCAGCCCGUAUCUACAGCGCCCACAGUAGCUAACCCUGAAAACUUACAACAGCCAGCACCUUCCAAUGCCAGUACUAACGUUAGUAAGGUUGCUACCGGUGGCCCAGCUAUCAAAAUAGCUGGAUAUACGGAUGCACAAACCAAGGUUCAGCCAGAUGAUAAAACAGCCGCUCUUAGUCAAAAUUUCGAAGACGAUCUUAAGUCACUGGAGAUAAAAGAGGUGAAGGCUCAAGAUCCAAAGGUGAAGAAUGGGAACAACUCCAACUGGGACCCUGUUCCAGAGACACCAGCAACCAGUAUCUCGAAUACCCUUCCCACAAACCCCAGCGAGCCUCCCCUUAUCAUCGGCGACCAUCUUCUACCUGGGAGAUCGGUAGAGCCAAUAUGGCCAUACAAUAUUAAAUCCAAACCAACCAAGAAAUAUGAACCAAAGGAGAACAAAUACGUACCUACCCCAUUUAUGGCGGCAAACCCGUUUCCGGCAACCCCUACUUCAUGCGCUCCAGGCCCUAUAUUUGAUUCUACAUGGAUGCAAAGCUAUACCCAAGCGUCCACAUUUAACCUGACGUCUGCAUUCAAUCCAUCCCCUCCAUUGAGCCAGCCUUUAACUUUUACCUACCCUCCAGCUCCUGGUACUACGUUUGCUCCCGUCCCUACUUCGUUCCAUACACCUGCGCCUGUUCCUGCAUUUGCUCCAGCCCACAAAUCUGGAACCACCCCAAUUAUCAAUACUACCGAUACAGCUCCUACAGCUCCAAAAUCGCGGUUCAAAAUGAGGGAUAAGCCUUAUAUCCCAGAGUCUGCUGCCACAUUACAGUAUUCAGGCAAGUUGGCCGCUGAGCGAAAUAAAAUGCCAACUACUCCUAUUAGGGAUACAAACGAAAACAUAAGCCCAGCUACAAAGUUUGCUGCUUUCCAGCCCAUUCAGCCUGGUCAGAAAAAUGAGAUCCACAGCAGAAACUCAUCCUCUUCGCUUUCACCCGCGGCACCCACCUUUCAACCACUCGCAUCGGCACGAGACCCAAAUUCCUUUGGGUUUGAUCCAUUGAAUCAGGGGCGUAAUACGACCAGCCAACAUUCCAAUUUCUCUUCCACUGCACCUGUUGCACCCCAAGAGCCGAAGAACCUUUUCGUUGCCGAAAUGGCAAAGCAUGGAGUAUCAGUUACUGGAGUGCCAAUAACCACUGCCGCUCCUGAAAAGAAGAAAUAUGGAGUUGAAAGCUCCAAGUACGCGCACUGA